ACACUGGCGCCCCACACAUCAAGUAGUGGCAGAAUCUCACUUCACUCACCUACUACAUGCGACUACUGGCGAAAAGGAUUCUUUUGGUAUAAUAGGUAGCCAGAUUGUCUCUUAUUUAUUGAGUACCUGACCCAAAAUAUGUCGACUGCAAAGCUUCCUAUAAAACUUAGUAAUGUCUACCAAUUGCUACGUGGUGACUUUACAUUACCAGGUGGACUUGUCGCACAGUCAACUCAUCAUGCUGCCCUGAGCGCCUCGAGCAAUUUCAUUAGGUAUCAGACUCGCUCAUAUUCUGCUCCUAAAGGCGCAAGGAAACCUCUUCGUCCACCUCCUCGGGCGCCCAAGCUUGUUAAAGUUCAGCCAAGCUCCAGCAACCAGACUGAUUUUGACCUCAGUCAAAUUUCACCUAUGGACUUCGAACUGGCUAUGCGAGCGUCCGAGAAUCAAGUUGGUACUCUCAGACCAGACGAAUAUUACGAAUAUGCAUCAAGGUUUUCAAAUGCCAUAAGAAACGGGGCACUUCCUUCUAGUGCCAACCUCUCUGAGAAUCAGAUCCCAGUCGAGGUUGCACAUGAGAUGGCAUGCUUAUUAUGGUUGCUCCGGAGAACGAAAGCCCACAGUUCAUUCUCGAUGGCAUUGUGGGCUUCGGCUUCAGAACUCGACUAUAUUCCUGCGGUCGUCUCCCUGGCGAGCCAGCUUUUCGCCAGUGGAUCAUGGCGGAAAACAACUGCAUUCGCAAAUGCUGAGAAUCGGUUCAUGAAGCUUGUAGCUGAAGCGAAGAACUGCAAUGCUCUUACAGUCUAUGGCGAAUACCUGUUCCAAGAUGGAAAAUAUAACCAAGCAGUUGCGAUGUUAAACCAGGCCCUCAACGUUGACGAUGGAGUCUUUGAGUGGAAGCGGAAGUGUCUGAUAUGUCUCGCAAAGACUUAUGCCAAGCUUGGGAGAGCGCAUGAGGCAAAGAUAACACUUGAGUUGCUAGGAGACCCAGAAGCAGACGCUGAGCUUGACCAGUUGCUUCGAUCAAGCGAUGCUGAGAUGACACGUCAACGAUUGUACACAGAUGCUGUCAAGGGCAAGCAUGAUUUGUUCUCACAGCUGGCCGAAGUGGAAUUUGAGAGAGAAGCCAAGGAGACGGAUGUCGAACUGAAGAAGAACCACCAUCUAUGGGGUUUGGAGUGGUCGAGACUGGCAGACCCAGGUGCUAAGUUUUAAUGUCCUGAAUAUACAUCAAGGUAAGACACGGAGGUUGCCCCAAGCCUCGUAAAUUUCAUUAUGUCAUAUCGGAAUAACAAUUUGAGCGCCUCUGUAGUGUAUAUCAAGGAACUGACGUUACGGUCUCAAACAACCCCCUUCUGUCUUAUAUAACCUAGACAGUAUCGACGCUCAUGUCUUCUGCCUUUUUGUGACUUUAUUCCUUCGCCUUUCUCCUUCGCCUCAUUAUCUUCACGACCCCCUUCAUCGUCUCCAUAACCAGC